UCUUUUCUUCUUCCUCAACACUGAAACUGAAACUGCAAGUGCUUCGUUGGGUGUUGGGUAAGAGUAAGAGUACACUCUGGUUGGUUCAGAAGAGACUGGCCAAUGGCCAUUCACUGAACUCAUCCAAGGGCGUGUAUCAGACAAAAAAAAACAGCACUCAAACAUGUUGAGGAUUUAGGGUUCACGCCACGAUCAUUGUGAUAAGAUCCCAAUCAAUGUUAUACUUGCUGUUAAUUUUGAAUAUUCAAAUAUUAUUUCCUAUCUUUGAAAUACCGAGUGUUGGUAUUUGACUAUUUGUACGUUUUAAAAAAAAAGGGGGCGGGGGGUUUGUGACUUUGUGUGUGUCUGUUUAAAAGUACGCUUUAAUCAAUUUUAAAUUUAUAAUUCUUUUAAGAAUAAACUAUUAUUUUUAUCUACAAAAGAUGAAAAUACCAUUAUAUCUAUUCAUAAAAAAUUGAAAUUAUCAUUUAUAUUCAUAAAAAAUAAAUUUUUAGAGAUAAAAUUAUCUAAACCCUAAAAAAUUAAAUAAAAUUUUCAAUAUCAUUCUCUCUACCACUAUAACCAUCAUCUUCCCUCUUCCCCCUCUCUCUCUCAAUGUUCUCAGUCACUCCAAUCCUAACAUUGACCAAUCCUAACAUUGACCACAUCGCUGCUUAGUAGCACCGCCUUGCCCUCCUCCUCAACCGUCACCCUAACCCCUUCGCCACACACUCCCUCAUCAUUGUCGGUCGCAACUCAACAAUACCAGCACCACCAUCACCAGCAUAAUCAUCUAGCGCAAGCUCAGCCUCUGUCUAUGCCGGAAAGAAACCCUAGAUCUAAGGUUGACGCAGAGCGUCAUAGCGGUCGAUACCAAUAGGUUGCUCGUCAGGACCUCGAGAACAAUGGUGAGGACGACUCCCCCGCCACCAAAAAAUCUAAAUCUGAGAAGUUCUCUCUCAACAGUUGCGAAUUUGCCACCGCCGUCGCCGUAUUCUUCCUCUUCACCAUCAGCCUUUUUUGCAUCUACCUCACCAUGUUCGCCACCGAGUUCGGCCGUAUCAAGCUCCCACACACCCUCUCUGAUCUUCUCCUCCUCAAAGAGAAUCUUUCGGCAUAUGGCGAAGAGGUGGAAGAAGAGGAGGAAGAAGGAAGGAAAGGUGGGGAUGGCGAUGGCGAUGGCUGUGGUGGUGAUGGUAAUGGAGGCAGUGAUGGUGAUAGUUGAGGAGGAGAGUGGUGGUAGAGUUUGGAAGUGGAGUCGCUAAGAAUAUUGAGAGAGAGAGAGAUAAGAGAGAAAAAUGAUGGUAAUAGUAGUGGAAAAAAUGGUAGUUUAAGAAUUUAAUUUAAUUUUUUAGAGUUUGAAUAAUUUUGUCUACAAAAAUCUAUUUUUUAUAAGUGCAAAUAGUAAUUUCUGCCUUUUAUGAACAGAUAUAUUAGCGUUUUCAAUUUUUGUGGAUAGAAAUAAUAGUUUAUUCUUAUUUUAA